GAAAUUGCCGGGCAGCACACCACCCCGGCCAUCACGCCCGCACCAACUAUAAUCAACGCCACGGAGAUCCAUAUUUCAUGUACCUAUUGCCUACCACGCCCCUGCACCGCCGCUAGAGCCACACCUGCUACGUCGACACCAUCGUGCAGUUGCUCAGCAUGUCAACACCUGUGAUUUCCCCCAGACCGCGAGGAACCUCCUACUCGGCACAGCGACCCGUCAGAUCGACGCCCAUGACGAAGCCAAGUACGACCCUACCCAGGGCCCAUCCACCGCCUCUCGCGCCCCGCAUGAACGGCAUCGCCAAAACCCCGAGCCAUGUCGUGCAGAAGAGUAAGGCACCGGGCACGCCGAGCCCGAAUUACUUUGGCCUGACCGUCAAUGGCGACCACUUCUCCUCCAGCGCGGCGCAGCACAUCCGCGGCAACUGGAGUCCACCGACGUCAGACGUGCGCUCGACCGCCGCCGCGUCGCCGCAGAUGAUUCCUGUCGAGCAGAAUCCCGAGUUCGAGCAGUUCAGGAAGGCCUCCGAGAACGCAAAGGGAUUCGCUCUGGGCAACUUCGACUUUGGCUCGUUCUCGGCUGCCGUGCCCACAAAGGGCCCACUGACUGGGUCCUACAAGCCGCCUAUAUCUCCACAGUCGAUGAGGGACACUACACAAGCCACCGUCGAAAAGUACGACGGCAGCAGCGAUUCAUCGCCCAAGUCGCCCAAGCCUCGCUCCCCCAAACGCAUGCUUUCCACCGAUGCAUCCAUGUUCCCCGACCGACCGAGGAGAAAUUCACCAGCUUCCUUUGAAGGCUUCGGGCGCACAGAUGCCAUCGCCGAGUUCGAUGAGAUCCGCCCACCCCGGCCCUCCUUGCCGCCAACAAGAACCUCGCAUCACCAAUCGAUGCGGGCAGAGACACUGCCUGCUAAUAUCUCUGGUGAAACCAACACCGAAGGGCCUACUAUGGCGACCCCUCAGCACAUCCUUAACAUCCUAGAGUCAGCGGUCGAGGAGGUGCUCCUGCUCGACCUUCGAGUGUCCACGCAAUACGCCAAAUCUCGCAUUGCAGGCGCACUUAGUCUUUGCAUACCUACAACACUCCUCAAACGAGCAUCGUUCAAUGUACAGAAGUUGGCAGAGACCUUCAAAGACGACGAACAGAAGCAAAGAUUCGAGAAAUGGAGGAACAGCAAACACAUCAUAGUCUACGACUCCAACUCAGCGCAAAUGAAGGACGCGGCAACUUGCAUCAACACACUCAAGAAGUUCACAUGUGAGGGCUGGAGUGGCAGCACUUUCAUCAUCCGCGGUGGCUUCCUAGAAUUUUCACAGAAGUUCCCCAACUGGGUCACACAAGCGAGCUCCCAAAGCCCUAUCUCGACAUCGGGCAUGAAGGGAGCCCUCAAGCUCAACAUUGACCGACCUGUAGUUGCACCAGUCAUCGGUGGCUGCCCAAUGCCCGCUACGCAGAACGCUGCAAACCCCUUCUUCGGCAACAUUCGUCAAAACAUGGACCUCAUCGGUGGUGUUGGCCAGAUGCCUGUAAAGAAGCCCGCGUCCAUGACUACAUCUGCGAAAGAGGAAGUUCCGCAGUGGCUUCAGCACGCCGCAGAUGACAAGGACGCGGGCAAGCGCGUGUCUGACAAGUUCUUACACAUUGAGAAGAAGGAACAGAAGCGCAUGCAGGAGGCCCUCUCAGGCAAAGUUGUCUACGGGACCCCUGGAGGGCAGAAAGAUGUCUCCAAAAACAUCCAAAUUGCUGGUAUCGAAAAGGGUUCCAAGAACCGGUACAACAACAUCUGGCCGUACGAGCAUUCUCGAGUCAAGCUCGAGGGUUGUGCAGAUGGGUCGUGUGAUUACAUCAACGCCAACCAUGUCCAAGCCGCCUACUCGAACAAGCGUUACAUCGCGACGCAGGGUCCAAUCCCCGCUACAUUCAAGGACUUCUGGAACGUUGUUUGGCAGCAGGAUGCCCGCGUCAUUGUCAUGCUUACCGCCGAGCAGGAGGGUGGACAAGUCAAAGCGCACAAUUAUUGGUCUGACAAGCACUUUGGCAAUUUGCACUUGAAGCAGCUCGGAGAGCAUCGUGCUUCCCUCGAGCCAUCCAAGAUCCACGGCCACAAGGAACGCUCGAGCGCAAACAGACCUACUCUCGGCCAGAGGAAAUCGACAGCAUCGCAACCGAGGACCUCGUUUUUCCCUGACCCUAAUGAAGAUGAGACCGCCGCACCUCCUGCAUCUGAAAAGCCUUAUGUCAUCGUGCGGAAGUUUACACUUUCAAACGACGACGAGCCUUUCGAGCGCAUGCGCGAAAUCACGCAGCUGCAGUACUCCCACUGGCCUGACUUCGGUGCGCCAGCGCAUCCGACCCACCUUCUCGGUCUUAUCGAGCAGACCGAUGCUGUCGUCCGUUCUGUCAAUGGCGUCAGCUCCCCCAACAAGCCCGAGUCGGCUAACAGCCGUCCGGUUGUUGUCCAUUGCUCUGCUGGCUGCGGCCGCACUGGUACAUUCUGCACUGUUGACUCUGUCCUCGACAUGCUCAAGCGCCAGAAGCUAGCCGGCUCCGGCCGACAACCCACGCCAAUGGACGUCGACGCCGGGUCACCCAACCGCCGCGAGAACGGAGAGUGGAUCAGCAAAGACGAUCUAGAUCUCGUUGAGAAGACGGUCGAGGACUUCCGCCUCCAGCGUCUCAGCAUGGUGCAGUCGCUGCGCCAGUUUGUGCUUUGCUACGAAAGCGUCCUGGAGUGGGUGAACGAGCAGCACGUCCAGGCCAAGGCCGCUUAGACCGGGAUUCUCCGCAUUGCAUGCAUUUUGUCUGUUUUUUAGUUUUUGAGAAACUGGGUUCAUGAGAUUCACGACAUGCAUGAGCAGGGCGUGUGGGCGCACAGUUGUUAGCAUUGGUGUUUUUUGCGGUUCGCUGUGUGGGAUCAUGGGUCGGCGUUGCAUUGCUUCGGGCGUGUGUAUAAUGCAUAGGUAUCAUGGCGAGUCGGCGUGGAUCUGGGUUGGCUUGAUGCGACGGGCUUGGAUAGUAUGGAAUCAGGCGCAAUGGUCGCGAUGGCUAAAGAACACAAUUGAAGACGUAUUUCC